CUCGGUUGACUUGAGACUAUCACCUCUGCCCGCACUUCAUGUCUGGAAUAAACGCUGGCGACGAGAAACUCGUCUUCGAAUCGUCGGAGGCAGUCUCUGUCGUUUCAACUUUCGAUGACCUAGGACUGAAGGAGGACCUCCUACGUGGUAUCUACGCUUACAACUUCGAAAAACCCUCCGCCAUCCAGCAGCGCGCCAUCCUCCCCAUCAUCCAAGGCCGCGACGUAAUUGCCCAAGCGCAGUCCGGUACCGGUAAAACCGCCACCUUCUCCAUCUCCAUCCUUCAAUCCAUCGAUGUCACCGUCCGCGAAACGCAGGCGCUCGUUCUGUCUCCGACGCGCGAACUGGCGACCCAGAUUCAAUCGGUCGUGCUCGCCCUCGGCGACUACAUGAACGUUCAGUGUCACGCAUGCAUUGGCGGCACGUCCAUCGGCGAGGAUAUCAGGAAGCUGGAAUACGGGCAACACGUCGUGUCCGGAACGCCAGGACGAGUGUUCGACAUGAUCCGCCGGAGGAGUCUUCGCACCAGAAACAUCAAAAUGCUCGUACUGGACGAGGCGGACGAGCUUCUCAACAAGGGCUUCAAGGACCAGAUAUACGACGUCUACCGGUACCUUCCCCCCGCGACACAGGUCGUGUUGCUCAGUGCGACGCUCCCUUACGAUGUGCUCGAGAUGACCACGAAGUUCAUGACCGACCCCAUUCGGAUCCUCGUGAAGCGUGAUGAAUUGACUCUGGAGGGAAUCAAGCAGUUCUUCGUCGCCGUUGAGAAGGAAGAUUGGAAAUUUGACACCCUAUGCGACCUUUACGAUACCCUCACCAUUACGCAAGCUGUGAUCUUCUGCAACACCAGGAGAAAGGUAGACUGGCUAACGGAGAAGAUGCGGGCCGCGAAUUUCACGGUCUCGUCCAUGCACGGCGAGAUGGUUCAGAAGGAGCGAGACGCGAUCAUGGCGGAAUUCCGUGGUGGAACAUCGCGUGUACUCAUCACCACCGACGUCUGGGCGCGUGGUAUCGAUGUUCAACAGGUUUCGUUGGUUAUCAACUACGAUUUGCCAUCAAAUCGUGAAAACUACAUUCACCGCAUCGGUCGUUCCGGCCGUUUCGGACGCAAGGGUGUAGCAAUCAACUUCGUCACUGUGGAAGACGUCAAAAUCCUUCGUGACAUAGAGCAGUUCUACAGUACUCAGAUCGACGAGAUGCCGGUGAACGCCGCCGAGCUUAUCUGAGCUUGUGCGGUCCCGUCUGCAUGCCAUCUUGUAUUUUAUGGGUAAUGUUUCGGAAGCAUACCGUCUGUUGCGACUAGUGUUCCUUCACCGUACAUAUACUGCUCUGCCUGUAGUUCGGUAUUCAUGCAACCUUUGUCUACAUCCGCGGAAGACAAGCGUAGGCGAUAGAUCAAGUAGUUG